AUGUACCCACAAAACCAUAAUCUGAGCUUACACACAGGCACACAACACCUUCAACAUCUCAAAGCCCUCUACUUGCAAGGCCAUGAUCUAAACCAACCUGAGCCUACUCCAUCCAAGGCUCUUAUGAAUGAAGAAGAAGAUUGGCCCCUUCCUGAAGAAAGGAGUUGAUACAAUUUUGUAUUCUCAGAGACCGAAGAGAAGGAAAAUGAAAUGAAUGAGGAGGAUAUUGAGAGAUUGUUAAGGACAGAUGUAGAGGGGCUGGAAGUGACCAAGGAUAAUUAUGGAGGAAGGCUACAGGAGAAGUAUGAGGAGAUUAAAGAGGUUGAGGGAAGGGAGGGUGGAAGAGAUAAGGGGUUCUUGAUAUAGUUCUGAAGCAAGUAUCGGAUGUUGGAUCUUUGGGGAAUUCAAGUGAGUCUUCUGUUGUUACUGGGAUGAAUAGUUUUAGAAUUGUGCCUUUCUUGGAAGAGAGGCUUGGAAGUUCAUUUUAUGAAGAGCUUUAUGAUGAGAACAAACAAAACAAAGGGAGAGGAAGACCAAGAAAUUUUAGCAAUAUCGAUGAGGAUGUAAUAUGGUCAGUAGUACUUGGUAAUGUCUCCAAGAGAGCAAAUAAGAAGCCAAGUAGACAGAGAAGAGAUGGCAAAGUUGCUUCGAUUUGUAGGAAUGCAAAGAAAGUUUGUAUUGAUAUUCUCAAAUACAUUAGCUCGAGAGCUAACUACAAAUCUACUGACAUCAAAGAGGUUAUUAAAGCUUAUGCUGAAGCCUUCACUGUUGGAUUUCUACCCAUCAUCUUUGAUAACGAAAUUGUUGAAGAUAAGAUUAGAUUGUUCUGCCAAUUCAUAGUUCUCGCUUACCCUGAGUCUAAAGUUGAAAGAAUAAUUUCCUUGUUAAACGAAGCCAAUUAUCUAUCUUUUGAUGAAUGCAAAACCUUACUUCAUCAAAUCAAGAUAAGAAAAUUGUCCUCAAAAGCUAGCUUUCAAGACAUUGCUAGACAAAACAUAUGCUUUAAAAACAUUAUUAUAAAGUUAUUGUCUAAGCUUGACUCAACCAACCUCAAGGACAAACAAGGCUACAAAUCCGUCUUAUCAUCACUCCUCCCUCCAAACACCCCAUCCCCCAUCCUCCAAUCCAGCCUUUAAUCACCUAAAAAUUCCACCACUCCCACCACCACUCCCACCAUCCCUUCCAAAAUCCCCAAAUCUCCCCACUCACCCCCUCAUUCCUACAUCCACCACUU